UUUCCGUUUUGCAAAUAAAUGUCAACGGCGAAAAAAGACGUGGUGCAAAAUAUACUGUGUAAAAUUAGAUCUAUUUGUGCUAAACCUGAAUUUACCUUUUAAAAAUCAAUAAUGGCUUCUUGGCCAGAAGUAACUACUGCUAAAGCUGAGAAUAGGCACGAAAUCAAGUUGUCGGGUGCCGCUAUCUCCAAACGUAUUUCCGAAGAUGGUUUAGACAAAAAUUUGUUUCAAUUAACUAAUAUAAAUCUCUUAAAUAUAAGUGAUACGUGUCUCACUACUAUCCCUGAUGAUAUCAAGCAUUUGGUUAAUUUACAAUCGCUUCUUUUAUUCGGAAAUAAAAUAUCGGAAUUUAACGAUAACAUAACCUCUUUGCCGAAAUUGAAAGUGCUGGAUUUGUCCCGAAAUCAGCUAACUCGUAUUCCUGAGAGCCUGAAUAAGAUGAAAGAAUUAACGAACAUCAAUUUGAGUUCAAAUCAAAUCGCGGAAAUGCCAAAAAUCGGUGAUAUGUUGAACCUUAUAACGUUGGAUCUUUCGAAUAACAAAUUGACGAGUUUCCCUGAUAUGGAAGAAGCAAACUUCCCGCACUUAACUGAUUUCAAGAUCAAGUGUAACUUGAUUGAAACCCUACCUGGGUAUGUUGCAAAAAGCUUACAGUCUCUGAAGAACUUUGAUAUUGGUGACAAUCAGUUGAAAACAGUACCAGGGGAGCUAGCGUCUAUGGCUAAAUUAAAAGAACUAAACCUUAAAGGCAAUAAGCUUUCUGACAAACGCCUAAUGAAGUUAGUGGACCAAUGCCGCACUAAGCAAGUAAUCGAUUACAUCAGAGAGCAUUGCCCUAAAUCAGACAGCGCACAACCAGCAGGCAAGACAAAGGGCAAGAAAGGCAAGAAGCAAGAAGAGGCAGUCCCUGAAGACAAUAUAAAUGAACUAUGCCACUCUUUAAAAAUCUUACAUGUAGAAGAUGACACUGUUAAAGUGAAAAUAGUAGAAAAUGAAGUGUGGAACAUUCGGCCAUUCAUCUUAUGCUGUGUUAUCAAUAAUUUGAAGUUUACCGAGACAACGUUCAAGAAAUUUAUUCAGAUGCAAACCAAGUUACAUGACACGGUCUGCGAUAAGCGCAAUGUUGCUACCAUCGCUACUCAUGAUAUGGGGAAAAUUCCACCAGGUGAUAUAAUAUACACGGCAAAGCCACCGAACCAAUUGAAACUUACUCCACUAUCAAGGGCGAAGCCCUUCACAGGAGAACAGUUGUUCCAGCAGCUUACUGCUGAGGCAGAAGCAUUGAGGAAGGAAAAGAAGCGCAACGUGUACUCGGGAAUACAUAAAUAUCUAUACUUACUGGAGGGCAAACCAAAAUACCCAUGUCUGCAAGAUUCCGAGGGAAGGGUCAUCAGUUUUCCACCAAUCACCAAUUCUGAUGAUACAAAGAUGUCACACGAGAGCAAAUCAAUGCUCGUGGAAGUGACAUCCCACUCUUCCCUCGGAGCCUGCAAGACUGUGAUGGACAAGUUGCUCCAUGAGUGUCUGCUGCUCGGUAUUGCUGAUCAGGAAGACGGACCAUACCAUACCCUGACUGUUCAACAGGUUAAAGUAGUGGACAUGGAGGGUAACUUGAAGAGUGUGUAUCCAUCCAGGACAGACUGCGUCUUCGAAGGGGCCGCGAUCAAAGUGUUCAGAUUGCCAAAAAAAUAAAUAAGUGUCAUAUUCACAGAUAACAAAAUAAAUAAAUGUUCGCAGAUAAAAUAUGUACGUAGUAUAUUGAAUGUUUGGAACAAAAUUCCUUUUGCUGUAUGGUAUUUUAUUUAAGUGGUUACUUGACACUUUUAUAUAACAUUAAUUAAUCGUUUAAAUUACACGUUUGAUAUAAUAAACCUUAGUUUUCUGCUUCCGGCUUCAACCGCGCUCAAAGGAAAAGUUAGAAAACCGAUUAAAGGUGAUUUAUUUUUUCAUAAUUCCGGUUCCCGGGCAGUUUAUGGGAUAGGAACUAUCCUAUGUCCUUUCCCGGGUCUCCAACUAUCUGUACACCAAAUUUCAUUCAAAUCAGUUAGGUGGUUUAAGCAUGAAGUCUGCUUCACAGUCGCACAGAGUUACUUAUGUAUCUGUAAUGUUUAAUGAAAUUGAUUCCAAAUAAAACCUGAUUUGGCCUUUAUAGAUACUUCUAUUUCAAAAUUUAAAUAUAACAGAUUUUUUCUCUAUGAUUUAGUAUCCAAUGUAAUAAGGAAUUGUGUUCGAACAUCUCUAAUUAAAUAAAGACUAUUUAAAACAUUAUGUAGGUUUAUGCGGUUGUCAAUACCUAUCUAACUAAAUCACAUCUUAUAAAUAAUAAAAAAUAUACCUUUAUUCAAUUAAAAAUAACACUAAACGUAAUUCCACAUCAUCGACACAUGGAUGGAUACUUAAUAUAUUUAAUCAAACUGAAUUUAAGAAAAACAAAAAAAAAUGUUCUAUAAAAAUCUCUAGCGAUAGAAGCUAACAUGUGUGUUCUUUAUAUGUUUCUCUCACUCUAACACUAGGGAUAUAAAAAGGAUAGAAUGUACUCUUUCAUUCGAAUAAUUAUACAUUAAUUUCAUGCAAAAGAAUACACUGCUUUGAAUAUUUAAUUAAAACAUGUGCUAUAUAAUUAAAUUUUCAUAAACCUGCCUAAAAUAGUAAUCUAAGAAAGCAUAAAUUGUCUUUUAUAACUUGUUUUAAGUGUUCAUAAUGCUUCGUAUAAAAUACGAUUAUAGUCUAUUUUUAAGGAAAAUAAUUUCAUGUUUGAGUGCAAAUCGCUGAAAUCGAUUGUCACUGCGUGUGUUUGCUUGUUUUUUUAUCAGUUACUAUUAAGAUUGCUUCUUUAAGUUGUUUCAAGUUUGUAUGGUUGUUGUUUAUGAUAAAAAAAAACGAUUAUCGUUUUUAUUAUAGUUACUUUUUUUUAUAUUUAAUGGCUUGGUUACGAGACCUUUAAGCCAAUUAUUAUAGUUGCGUAACUCUACACAAUUGUUGAAUUGUAUCAACGAAAAUGACAAAAGUAUUUUUUACAAAUAUUUAACUUUGUUUUUUAUAAAAAAAGAAAAACAUCGAACAGUUGAUUUUAAUAGUUUUUAGUGUUCCUCUUUCUUCGAUUGAGUUAAAUAUUAAAAAACACGGUUAGGAUUCAUCGGAAUGCGUUUUUUUGUCUCUUUCGUUGUACGUUCUGUAAUGCAUGUGACCAAUGUAAUAUAUGGAAGUGAAACGAUGUUGGGUAUAAUAGUAUUUUUAUAAGUACAAGGAGUGUGUAUUUUUGUAAAUGGUAAGUUUAUAUAUUGUAUGUCUCAAGACAGUGGAAGGCAUAAUACGUAGACGCAUCUAUUUGAAAGAUCGCGUAUAAAAGAGUUCAGAAAUUUUCUAUGUUAUUUAAUACUAUGUCUAUCAAAUUAAAACUAUAUCAAUGUUAGACAUUUGCUAUUUAGAUGAAAAACUUGUUGCAUAAAAAUUAUUGUAGACACUAUUUAUUUUAUCACUAAUUACGGUAUUUAUACUAUAAUAAAAAGUUGUCAGUUGUAUUUCUCAAAUAUGUAGUUGUGGCUGAUUAAAACUGAAUGUAACAUAAAAAUAACUAUAUUGAUAUGUCUGCUUGUAUAAAUAAAUUAUGCACCAAUGAAAUAGCUUAGGUACUAAUCUUGCUUACAAAAUGUAAUGCCGUGGUUUGGGUAGAAAAAAAAAGGUAAAAAAAAACGUCACGUGUAAAAACAAAAUAUCAUAAAAACUAAGUAUCAAUUUGUGGCAGGUUUUAAAAUUUAGUUUAAUCCAAACCACGGAAUCUUCAAAUAAUUGUUAUGUCAUUACAUGGCGGGUAAUUGUUUUUGUAAGAGACUAAAGACACGAAGCACAAAUGUGCGCAAAUUAUACGUAUUAAUAUUUUUCUAUGUGUAAGCAUAAAUUUACUUUCUAUAAGUUGUGCUUAAGUUUCUGUUUUUAUAAUCUGUGAUUUGAUGUUCAGUGGUCAUCUCGACAAAAAAUGUACUUGUUGUUUGGCAAAUAAAGAUUCUUUAAACAUU